GUCCGCGCAUACGCCCGAGCUGAGGCUGAGAUGGGUAAAGUCUAGUCGCGGGAGUCGUAAUCCCUAGCAUCUGAUACGACAGCCAAGGCAUUUUAUUAGCUCAAUGCUUGUGCCCUGCGCGCCCGCGGCCCUGGACCCGGAUCCGCCUCGUCAACUAAGUUGCUGCUAACUUAUUACGACUGCGACGCAGCUUCUACUACUACACAAGUGCCGGGGCGCUCAGCUUCGGUUUCCUCGGUUUCCCACAGGCAGACGCGUCUUGACAGCGUCGCUCCGAUUCGUCAUGCGUCACUAGUUACCCUUUACCCUGAACGCGUCCCAUUCAUUACCACGGCCACGCCCGGGUCGUAGUUGCGAUCCUUCCUUCCUUACCAUCAACUUCACCAGGAGUCGAGUAAUCAUGUCCGACGUGGAACUCGACACGGAGCCGCCGUCCGAGGAGGAUGCCCCGCUGCUGGACGACGACUACGAGCUUCCCGACGAGCCUCUACCCACGCGCCCGCGCAUCAGGGCGAAGCGCUGGCAGGCCAAGACGCCGGGCACCAUUGUGCUCCUCGCGGCGACGCUCAAGUUCUGCGUCACCUCGAGCGGCAUGCUCUUGCUCAUCCCGCUGUACCGCCUGAUCGAGGAUGCCGUCUGCCACGCGUGGUACCAGGAUGACGGGCCGGAUAUCAUCGACGAGAUGAAGUGCAAGGGCGAUGAGGUGCAAUCGCGACUGGCUUAUCUGCUCGGCUGGGUCGGGCUGGUCAAUGCCAUCAUGAGUAUGCCGCGGCCCCCGUUCGUUGCUGGUUGGACGGUUGGGGAGAGACAGAGAGAGAGAGCGCGAGAGAGACAUGGUGCUGAUUGAUGAACUAACCCGUCCGCAGCCUUGAUCGUCGCAUUCCCGUACGGCAUUCUCGCAGACCGCAUCGGCCGUAAGCCCACCGCGCUCAUGGCCUACGGCAGCGUCGCCGCCUCGUUCAGCUUUGCGCCGUUUUUGCUCCACGGCAUGAAGAAGCAGAUGCGCGAGAAUCCGUAUCUCCUCAUGACGGGCUCGCUCUUCAUCUUGUUUGGCGGUGGCGUCCCUGUGCUGCUCAACACGCUGUACGCCAUGGCUGCCGACGUGAGCACGGAGAAGGAAAAAGCGUCGAGCUUCCUCUACCUCACCUUUGGGGCGACCGCCGGUGGCCUGAUCGGCCCUCUUCUCGCAGGCCUGCUGAUGGAAAAGUACGGCCCCUGGGUGCCCAUCUAUACCGUCAUCUUCAUCACGCCCUUUAUGCUGUGCGUCUUCUUCUUCAUCCCCGAGACCCUGGUCCAGGGGACGGGCAAGUCAAAACACACAUACGACCGGCCGCUGCUCGAGGAUUUCAAGGAACACCUCGGCAACGGCAUCCGCGAUCUACGAAGGUCGCUCGACAUGACCAGGAACAUCAACAUCCCGCUCGUGCUCCUCACCUUUUUCUUCCAGAGCGCGCGGUUCGCCGCCUACAGCAGCACGCUGGCGCAGUACAUCAGCAAGCACUUUGGCUGGAAGCUCGCCGAGACGAGCCUCCUGCUGUCGCCGCUCGGCGUGCUCAACCUCGCCCUGCUCGCGGCCCUGCCCAAGGUGUCGCAGGUGCUCAUGUCGCCGCGCUUCCGCUUCACCAUCUUCGGCAAGGACCUGUUCCUGGCGCGGGUGUCGACGGCGCUCAUCAUCGCGGGCGCGCUGCUCGAGGGCUUCAGCCACAACGUGGUGCUGUUCCUGUUUGGGCUCUUCAUCGGCACGUUUGGCGCCGCCGACAGCCCGCUCGCGCGCGCCACCGUGACGCACUACGUCGAGCCCGAGUUCACGUCGCGCCUGUACGCGCUCAUCGGCAUGGUGGAGGUGCUGGGCUCCUUCAUCGGCGGGCCGGUGCUGGCUUUUUUCUUCGACCAGGGGCUGCGGCGCAAGGGCAUCUGGAUGGGCCUCCCGUGGUUCUAUAUCGCGUUCUUGUGUAGCAUAGCGCUGACCGCGCUGAUGUUUGUGAAGCCGCCGACGAAGAGUGUCCGCGAUGAAAGAGGGCGGGUUGGUGGCGAGCGUGUAAACCGGGCAGCGGCAGAGAGCCACUUGCACCCGGAAUAGAGUGUACACUUACCUUGCUGAA